AUGGCGGGCAGGGAUACCGGUGGCUCGGAAAGAGCGGGAAAGGUAAGCAGAACGAGGCAGGAAGAGAAACAGCGAAAAUUAGUGGUGGAGAAUAUAGGAAGUAAGGAGAAAAAAGUAACGUUUAAGAUAGGAGAAGAGAGACUAGGAAAGGAGGAAAGACAGAGGAUUAUCGAGGAAGUAAAAGCGAUUGUAAAGGAAGAGGUUAAGGCAUGGAAAGAGGAAAAGGAAACAGUGAGGGAGGAAAUAAAGGGUUUGAAAGAAAUAAUAAAGGAAUGCGAGAAAAAGAUUUCGAGAUUAGAGGAGAGAACGACAGAAUUGGAGAACUGGGAAAAGGCAGGUAUAGAAGAAGGAGGAGAGGAGAAAAAAGAAAAUGUCAUAAUAGUGGGCGAUUUUAAUAUUAGGACGGGAGAAUUAGGGGGAGGUGAGAUAGGGGAGGAAAGUAUGGAGAGGCAUAGUAAAGAUAAGAUAAUAGGAAACGGAGAUUACGUAAUAGUAAGCGAGGAAAUAAAUGAUAAGGUCAAUAAGUUUAAGAUAGAUAACAGGGUGGACUCGGAUUACUUGCCUUUGGAGGUGGAAUGGAAGAAAGAAGAAGGAAGAAGAAAAGGGACUCAACAAAAGAAGAAUAGGGAAGAAGAAGAGGAAGAAAUAGAGAUUAUAGUAUGGGAUAAGGAAGCAAUACAAGGAUAUAAGGACAUGACAGAGAAAUUGAGUAGGAAGGAAGCUGAGAGAGACAAGGAAGGAAAUUCGGUAGAAGACAAAUGGGAAACAAUGAAGAGGAUAAUAUAUGGAUCAUUAGUAAAGAGAACAAUAAAGAAAAGGAAAAGGGAACUAGGACACAAGGAUUGGUGGGAUAGAAGCUGUACAAAGAGGAAAAGAGAGGUUAAAAGGAUGUUUUGGAAGUGGAGAAGAGGAAAAGUAGCAAGAGAAAGGUAUAUAAGAGAGAAGAAAAGUUUCAGAGAAAUGUUAGAGAAGAAACAGAAAGAAAAAAGAGAGGAAGAAGAAAUGAUAUUAAGGAAUUUGAAGAAGGAAACGGAAAUUUGGAAAUAUAUAAAUAAAAAAAGAGGUAAAAAGGUAAAGGACGAAGGAGGGAACAAAAUAGAUAAGGAAGAAUGGAGAAGCUAUUUUAUGGGCCUAUUGGAUGGUACAGAGAGGGAACAAGAUGGGAUUCAGGAUGAUGGGGAAGAAGAGGUAAGGAAAGAGCAAGAAAGAACAGAAGAGGAUAUAAAAGAAGAGGAAGUAUGGAGUGCAUUAAGAAAGAUGAAAAAAAAGAAAGCUGCGGGAAUUGACGGGAUUCCGACGGAGGCAUGGUUGUAUGCGGGAGAAUGGCUUCGGGGGAGAUUGUUAGAUCUUCUGAAGCUGAUUUGGAGGAGAGGCAAAAUACCAAAUAAUUGGAAGAAGAGCAUAGUAGUGCCAAUAUAUAAAAGAGGGGAUAAGGAGGUACCAGGGAACUACAGAGGUAUAUCACUGCUGUGCACGGCGUACAAAAUCUACGCGGAGAUACUUAGGAAGAGAUUAGAAAAGGAGGCAGAAGAAAAAGGAUUGGUUCCAGAGAGUCAGGCGGGAUUUAGAAAAGGAAGGUCAACAAUAGAUAACAUCUUUGUAUUGAAUCACAUAAUGCAAAGAGAAAAGAGGCAGGGAGGAAAAGAUAUGAAGGUGUACAUGUUGUUUGCAGACUUGAAAGCAGCUUUUGAUAAUGUAGAUAGAGAUAUUCUGUGGAAGGAGCUGAAAAGGAAAGGAAUUGAAGAAAGAUUGGUAAGAAGAAUAGAGAUGAUACAUGGAGUUCCUUUAGAAGUUCAUACAGACCAAGGAAAGAACUUUGAGUCGAAAAUUUUUCGAGAGUUGUCAAACCUACUUGGAAUUAAGAAAACAAGGACAACUGCCCUGCAUCCUCAAUCGGACGGAGAAUCAGAGAGAUUGGGACCGUUGGGUCCCACUGUACCUAUUAGCAUACAGAUCUUCUAA